UCUUCAUCGCUCUUCUCUCACAAACUCACCACCACGCCCACCUGCACUGCACUACCUCCUCUCCCUCUGCCUCUCCCUCUUCAAUUAUUAUUAUUAUUAUUUACUCAAAGUUAAUUGUUCCAAAUUAUUCUGACAAAUCUGUCCUAAUUACAUAAUUAAGUUAUAAUAAACAUAUAUAUGGUCUUAAUAUGUGCUUACUUUGCCUAACGAUAAAACACCCACAACACAAUUACACAUCACAAGACGUCUAUAUAUCAUUCCCACCCUUUUCACAUUUUAGACAUACAUUUUUUUCCAACCAAAAACACGACACAAAAUGGUAAACAUCUUGUUCGCAUUUACUGCUUCUCUACUGCUACUCACAUGCCAAUGUUCAGCUCAACCUGCACCACCACCGCCGCCGCCAGGCCCAGCCGGCAACGACUCCAAAGAGUACCUGGAAGCGCACAACCAAGCAAGAGCCGAGGUGGGGGUGGGCCCUCUCCAGUGGAGCCAGCCGCUGGCCAAAUCCGCCAGCCUAUUGGUGAGGCUCCAGAGAGACAAACACAACUGCAGUUUUGCGAACUUGGCCAACGGCAAAUACGGCGGGAAUCAGCUGUGGGCCGGGGGUUUCAGGGUCACGCCCCGCACGGCGGUCGAGACGUGGGUCGCGGAGAAGAAGUUCUAUAACUACCAGGACAACUCGUGUGCGCCGGAUCACAGGUGCGGGGUGUACACUCAGGUGGUGUGGAAGCAGUCGGUGGAGUUGGGAUGCGCCCAGGCUGGAUGCGCCAAGGAUCAAUCUAGUCUCACAAUUUGCUUCUAUAAUCCCCCUGGAAAUAUUGUCGGAGAGAAACCUUACUAGAAUGUAAUGGUACUAGAUAUGAUUUUGCUCAACUAAGUAAUAUUUUCAUCUUCGAUCCAUAUUUCUUGCUACUACUUAAUUUGGAGUAUGAGGACUGUUGGUUUUUUUUUAUCUUUUUUUUCUUUUUCUUCAAUUUUUGGAAUCUUGAAAUUUGCUUCAAUUUCAAGCUUCGAAUUUGGUCUUCGAGGCGAUUGCCGCACAAGUAGCAUCGUGUGUCUGCGUAAUUACAAACUAGUGUUGUUGGACUUAAAAACUAAGUCAGAAGUGAAAGGAGUGCAAUAAACAAAAGGGGUUCAGACUUCAA